UCGGUAUUUUUAAAAGUCCAUAUGCAUAGGUCAUUCUGAACAGUGAACUGCCAUUAGUUUUGUGGAUCUUAUGUCAUUAUUAUAUGAAUUAAUUAUUUCAUAUUUGCGUGCAUGCGGUAUGUUAUCUUGGAUGACGUCAUUUUCAGGGCGGAAUGCUUAUUGAUCAUCAACACAUCACUUUGCAGUAGUAAGUAGUUCCAGGCAGGAAUGAUAAAUGAAGCGAUGUUUCGUGGUCGCUCUCGUCGAUUGGCUGUUGGGGCAAUCACCGUGGUCAUCGUCCUCCUCGUAUCGAUGUGGUCGACAUGGUCGAGAGGUAAUACGAGCGAGGUGCUUGACCUAAAGGAAGACGGUCUCGAUUUCAUCAACAAAGAGAUGCAUGCUGCAUCGAAACCCAGUCCUCAUCCAUCUCGAAAUAAAGAAGAUCUUUACCGCACCAUGAACACUAAACAGCAGUUUUGUCGGAUCGACUCGACACCGAAGAUAAAACCAAGCCUCCCUCGGAUUAAACCGUUCGACUGGGUGUACGGUUCGGACAUCACCAGCAGACUAAACUCAACGUUUGAAAUCAUCAAUAAAAAGAGUGCCUACGAAGUUUGUGAUAGGAUACAAGUCAGGAUAACAGCCAGAAACGGGCGGAACGAACAGAAGAGAUUUGGCGGGGAUUAUUUCCGAUCGCGGAUCGUGACCAACGAUCACAAAGGACAUACGUGGUCGUCGAUGUCGGAUGGUGAGGUGGAUGACCACGGUGAUGGAACAUACACGGCAACGUUUACUUUAAAGUGGCCCGGAGAGGUGGUGAUUCGUAUCUACCUAGUGCAUCCCAGUGAAGCAGUGUCAGUUCUUCAAAAGCAAAGCCAGUCUCAACUAGCUCGAUAUUCUUACAAAGGAAUCUUCUGUUCAAACCAUGGGCCCGUGGUUCAAGAGGAAAGAGAAUGCAACGUCUUUAUGUCACCACAGACUAAGCAUGUCUGUAAGUUUACUGACCGUCGGACGCGACUCUCUUGGUACUGUCACCAUCCCACGAGGGCAGGUCUUAACUGCUCCCACUGGUGUCGUUUUAGGAGCGAUUCUCGCUCAGCUAUCACCUAUAUGAUGACGACUUUGCCAGAAAAGGAGAAGGCACUAUUCCAAACAUCUAUAAUGAAUAAUAGGAAUUUGCUUCAUUCAAAGGACUAUACAGUUCAGGCAAAACCCGACAUUCAUCAAAGGAUGGACUUCUUACCGCCAUGUAAGCCUGGUAUCCAUGGGAACAGCUUCGCCCACUCUGGAUACUAUGCAGACGAUGAGUGGGUAUCGUCGUACUGCAACAUUUUGCGUUUCUCAUCAUCUUUUCCCGCCACUUUGGAUUGUUUACGCAAGAAGACUCUCUUCUUUCUGGGGGACUCCACCGUCAAACAACUGUUCGACUACUUCAUGAAGCGACUUGAAGGAAACGUGGAGAUCUUUCACGGGAACACCUUCUCCGCGGGAAAGAGUGCUCCGAUCCUAGCCGUGGACGAGAAACAUCGGAUCAACCUCAUUUUCCGCUCUCACGGGUAUCCUAUCGGGGACGAUGCCGUGUACGACAUCCAAAGCAUCCAGUAUCUCGCGAACACCCUCGACGAUAUGAAAGUCGGAGACAAGAGCGUGGUCAUUGUAUCGAUCUGGAGAUACUUCACUCCACAUAGCGAAUCGCUUUACGAAGAACGCAUCAGAACAAUCGUUGAGGCUGUGAAGAGGUUGCAUACGCGAAGCCCCAAAACACUUGUGAUCUUCAACAGCGCGAACACAGGAAACAUGGACACAUUAGAGAGCGUCGUGUACAACAGUGACUGGUACGCGAGGAACUUAGAUGAAAUUUUAAGACGGGAAUUGUCUGGGUAUGAUCGCAUCGGUUUUCUAGAUUCUUGGGAAAUGACGAACGCUCAGCUCUUUCCACAUCGGACUCAUCCAGUCGGCAUGCAUGUACAGAACCUAGCAGAUCAUCUUUUGUCCUUUAUAUGUCCAUCUAGCCAGCUGAAGUGAUGUAUACGGAGAGGCUGAAUACGACGAAUAGAAAUAUGUUUUUACACUCUUUAUUGUUUCUAGCAUAUAUUCCAAGGAACAUGUACUCUAAUAGAACACUCGUCAAUGUAUUGCAUUGGUUUCACUGACUAUCUAUCUCCCCUACCUCAAAUUCUGUCGAUCUCUUUUUACUACAACUAAUUCCUUCCUUCUGUCUUUCUUU